ACGAUCCAAACCCCAUCUUUCCCGUGGCGAAAUCUUUUAUUCUCUUGUAAUUAGUUCCUGCUUUGGUGCUAUCUUCUUAAUGCUGUUGCUUGGCUCACUCAGCUCCAAGUACCAGUCAUGCGUGAUCCUUGUCUAUUCCCUGUCUGUUUCCUGCUUGCUUUCUGUCUGUUCCACAAUAGCUUGACUGUAUUGGGAUAUUGCGUCUCGCCCCUCUUACUGCACAGUGUUCAUUUCUUUUUCUUUUCCUGCCAGGAAAAUUUUGUCAAGAUUCUCCAACCUUGUCUGAGUGGUAUUUUCAUGACCAAUAUCUUUUCUCUGUAUUCACCUGCUCUCUUAUUCCAAAUUCUAUGCCUGUUUGGCGUGUAUGCGCAUGUAUGCUCAUGUGAAUGAAAGUCUUGUCUCAGUAAUGGUUACCUUGUAUCCUUGCUGAGCAGGGUGUUAUGGAUCUAUG